UAGCUACUUUGAUCGAUUUUAAUUAGUACCCAACCGUACGCAACUUCUGUAGUUCUGUAAGUUUAACGACUAUUGAAGAACGGCGAAGUUAUGCAGAGUCUGGUAACAUAAUGCCACGGAUUGAUUAUGUCUAUAUCGUAAUUCACUUUAUAUUUAGCUGUUUCUAAAUAUGCGACAAUUGUAAAGUGCAGUUAUGUAUGUGGUUUGAUGUGACAUACGCAUGAAGAACUGAACUUACGUACCGACUUGUGAUCCGUGUUGAGAAGCUCGGAAACGAAAGUGCGUUCGUUACACAGCUUGUACCGCCUUGUAUUGUAUAAGAUUGCUGGUUUAUUGAGAAUAUUGGCGGGUUUAGAUGUCGAGAUUGGGCUCCAGUUUAAGGUAUUCGAAAUUUGGUUUUGUAUUUAAAUUGAGUGGACUUCUUCGCACUAUGUGUGAUACAGCAUCUGCUGUCAGCAGUGAAGGAGAGAGCAAGAAAAGACCAUUGCAGGACAUUGAUACAACAGACUCAAAGAAACAGUGUACAGAACCAGAUAGGGUGAAAAAGAGGAAAGUUGCAUUGCUUCUGGCCUAUUCAGGACAAGGAUAUUUAGGAAUGCAGAGAAAUCCUGGCAUGAAAACAAUUGAAGAAGACCUGUUGACUGCUUUGCUAAAAGCAAGUUUUAUAACCGAGGAGGCUUUCAAUACGCCCCAGUUGAUUCAGUUCCAACGAGCAGCUCGUACAGACAAAGGUGUCUCUGCUGCACGUCAGGUAGUCUCCAUCAAAUUACCUGAAGAUUCAAAGGUGGAAAUGAUCAAUAACCACCUACCUGAACAGAUCCAUGUAUUGGCAGUUAAACGUGCAACUAAAGGAUUCAACAGCAAGAGUUCAUGUGAUGCUCGAACAUACUCAUACAUAUUGCCAACAUUUGCAUUUGCACCAUCUAAUGUGGAACCCAGUGAAUCUUACCGUAUCACAUCAGAAGUGAUGGACAGUGUUAGAUCUACACUCAAGAUAUUUGAGGGGACACACAAUUUUCACAAUUUUACUGCCCGAAAGAAACCACUGGAUCCAAGUGCCAACCGCUAUAUCAUGAGCUUUGAAAUGGGAGAACCUUUCAUAUGUAAAGGCCUUGAAUUUUCCGAGUUGAGAGUCAAGGGACAAAGUUUUAUGCUACAUCAGAUCCGGAAAAUGGUGGGUUUGACCAUUGCAGUGGCUAGAGGGCUUGCUUCCGUCCAUACUAUACACAGAGCGUGGAAAACAGAGCGAUUAGAUCUCCCUGUAGCUCCAGGGCUUGGAUUGAUUCUUGAGGAGGUACAUUAUGAAAGAUAUAACCAGCGUUUUGGAAAAGAUGGAAUUCAUGAACCACUGGAUUGGUCUGAAGUUGAGGCUGAAGUGACAGCAUUCAAGGAGAAUUUCAUCUAUCCGACAAUAACUGAAUCAGAAGUUGAAGAAAAGUCAAUGAUGACUUGGUUGGAGACACUUCAUUUACAUAGCUACAGUAUCCGUGAAGAUAAUUUGUCUCAUGGGUUGGCCACACUGGGACAGGCUGCAGAUAUGGUUGAGGGUAUGGGUGAUGGUGAUCAUGGACUGGUUACCCUAGCAAGAGCAGCUGCACAGGUGGUGCAGGAAGGUCAUAAUGUGAUGUAUAAUGGUGAUUCCAACCAACAACCUUCCCCAAAUAUACCAUCACCUUAGUGUAUCACAUCUAUAUAUGGAAUCAUGUAAGUGUUCUGUGCUGAUUGAUGUGGAUGAAUAGAAGUACCAUUGUGGAGGUGGACAACCACCCAAUCAAAAGCUAACAUGGCUCUGAUGUCAGGAAGAAUAAAACAUUUGUUACCAGGCUUUAAGAAGCUUCAGAAUUACUUCAUGACUGGAUAAUACCCACCUAGACAAGGUCCACAAAUUCAUGUCCAAGUGCUGUAAUCUGAAAUCGAAAUCCUGCUGAAUUUACCUAAUGGGACUGAGGAAAACCAUGAAAAAGCAUAGCCAGCCUCUGGGCCAGGAAUGAAACUCAUGACUUUCUGAAUACUGUAUAGCAGGAGAGUUAACUCAGAUACUGCAACUGGUGUUGAAGCAAAAGUAAAAAAAAAUACAGACGCCAUUGUCUAUGAAUGAACAUGACAUGGAAUUUUGUUCAUUCUAGGAUCUGCAGAAGGUAACUCCUGAAUACCAAGUAGGAAUCUUAUCCACAAUGUCACAACAUCAAGCCUGAAGACAUAAUACAUUAAAAUGAAAUUAUAAACAAAUCUAGAUAUCUUGCCUGAUGUUUAAUAACAAUUACGAGGAUUGUGUCUUUCCAUACUCCUCGCAGUUGACCAGACCCUGAAGCAAGGCUCACUGACUCAAACACAGUUCCAUAUUGAACCACCAGUAACUGCAUAUUCUGCAAUUGAAGCAGUUAGCUUUAUUAUUUGACACAAAAGAAAAUGCUGUUAUAGAUCAUGUAUAUGUGCUACAGGGUGACAAAGAAAUAGGACUACUCAAUUUUUAAUGCCUAUUAUGAGGCCUGUGGGGCGCCUACUAUGAUUACUUUGUUUAUUUUGUGUACAAAACAACUAAAAAAUGCAUAAAGUUGUUCUGUUAAAGUGUUA